UCCAUGCCGCGUGUGAGAGAGCGCCUUGCGGCCGGCCAGGUUGCGGGUGUUGGGUGAAAGAUGUACGGUCGAGGAGUGAGGCUGUUGACUCAGCCAGCCCUCAGCACGGCUCCAGGAGUGGGUCCCGGGACAUACCGGGUCGACGAUGGGAGGAGGCAUGCUGGAGAGAGCUAUGCUCCGUUCUGUUCAAUGGCUGUGAGGAAGUCGUUCCUGACGGUGGACCAGCAGUUGGCCACUGCCCCUGGCCCCUCCCACUACACUCCGGAUCUGGAGGACCAUGUGAAGGGAGGUGACUCUCUCAAGAGCAAGGCUGAGAGGUUCCGGGACAGGUUGUCGAGGACCCCAGGUCCAGGGACCUACUCCGUCUCCAAGAGAUCUGACUGGCUGAGGAAGACAUACCCUCCACCCUCACCUGAGGUUAUAGACCCCAAGCACACUCCCGUCCUGCACACCUACCAGGAGCCUCGCUCUGCGUCUCUGCGGGAAGACUGGGACACGGGAAGGCUCCGUUUGGACAGACCUCACUUCGCUUCAGGAGAAACAGAAGAGACAGGGAAAUACCUGUAUUUACCACAUAGCUAUGUUGCUGUCCAGGGAUUACAACAACAAUCACAUGACAUCGCUAGUUUGUUGAACCUCUCCCGGAUGAUCUCAUGGACUGUAAAUAACAAUACAGUGGACAAUUAUACCACAGAGCACUGUUUGACUCUCCAGAUGCCCAAGGAUACUUGCUACAAAGCUUCUUGUAUGUUUCAUGGGACGUACAAGUGCCCGUUUGGUAGCACGUCGGUGAGGACUGCCCCUCUAAUUAAGAAGGACGUCAUCCUCGGCCCUGGCCCCGCCCACUACCAGCCGUCUGAGUCGCAGACUGUCGAGCCGGGAGACGGUGGGCGGAGUCAGCAGCCGCGGGAGACUAAACCCAGCUACACCUUUGCCUCCACCACCAGUCGCCUCUACUCUCUUCCCUCCAUUGUCACUGACAUUCCUCCUCCAGAUCGAGCUCCAUCCAGGGUAACUAAGAGAUCAAUGAGAGGGGCGUUCCUGUCAUCAUCGUCUCGUUCUGCACCUCCGCGAGACAUCAUGCUGGAGGAGCCGGACGUCAUGAAUCCAGGUCCUGGUCAGUACGACUACCAGAAUCCCCUGGGAAGAGGCAAGCCUGGCCUCCUGUGUCAGAGAGAUCUCAGAUUUAAACCCAUCGGCAACAAAGUGCCUGGUCCUGGAGCUUACACUCUGAGUAAGGGAUACAAGGACACGGUUCUCCAGGGAACAUACAACGCAACCCUCGACAACCCCCUCACCUCCUCCUCUUCCUCUGACCAACACGGUCCUGAGAGGACGACCAAAAAACAGACUCUAGUAGUUGAGACUUAGCAUGCAACAUUACCACCUUCAUGCCAUUAUUAUUAUACUUAUUAUAUAUCAGCACUGUGUAUCUCACGGGAGUUUAGAGCGACAGGAUCACGUGACACUCGCUCCCGAGUGGGGGGCAGUUUGCGUUCUGGAGUGAAAAUUCAAAACCGUACUACAUUUUCCAUAUUAUAUAACACAAUCAUUUGCAACAUGGAAUUUAUAGCACAGGUGGUACUUUGAUACACCCACGCAUAGUUACUACAGAAAAUGUCACCAAAACAGAAGAAAGUCUUUAGGAAAUGAGAUUGAUGUAGUUGGGGUCACUGUCCAGAAGACUGAACAAUAUCUCCAU